GAUCAGACAUCAGAGUAAAGAAAAAUGGUGGAGAAAACAUUUCACAAUAAAUAUCUCAACUUUAAAAUGUUUAAAUCCGCAUAAAACAAUUAAACAUGUACCACUGUGACUGUCCAGUUGUUUGUACUUAAAUUUCUUGUUUUGAGUAAACUACUCAUUAUUUUAUUUAAUAGGAGUUUUAAUAAUAUGAUGAACACAUGAUAUCAGAGACCUGAGAAAAAAUAAAAACAAAUUAACUAUUGAAGAUUAAUUUACAGUAAUAAUUAACUUAAACUAAAGAUAAACCAUCAAUAUCCAGUAUGGGUGUACCAGCAUUUUUUAGAUGGUUGACUAGAAAAUAUCCAUCAGUUAUUGUCAAUUGCAUCGAACUAAAAGUAUGAAUACCUAUUUUGUAUUAAUUGAGAUUUGUUGAUGAUUGAUCUCUUUGUAAUGUGUUCUUCACAGUCGACAACUGUAGAUGGAGAGCAAAUUCCAAUAAAUUCUUCCUUACCAAAUCCAAAUGGUGUUGAAUUUGACAAUUUGUAUUUGGACAUGAAUGGUAUUAUACAUCCUUGUACACAUCCAGAAAAUAAGUAUAAUAUUUUUUAUAAAUUAGCCUAAAUAAAUAAUUUCAUUAAUAACAUUGUUUAUGUAGACCGGCGCCAAAAGAUGAAGAUGAGAUGAUGAUAGCCAUAUUUGAAUGUAUUGAUCGUAUAUUUAGAAUCGUAAGGCCUCGUAAAGUGUUGUACAUGGCUAUCGAUGGUGUGGUUAGUUUUUUUUUUUUUUUAUGCACUUUAUAGUUUGAUUCUUAUUAUACUUGCAAAUAAUAACAUUUAAUUAUUUGUGUAAGGCUCCAAGAGCUAAAAUGAAUCAACAGAGAUCAAGACGUUUUAGGGCAUCUAAAGAAACUAUAGAAAAAACCGAAGAACUGUUACGUAUAAGACAGGCUCUCAUUGAAGCAGGUGCCAUAUUGCCACCAGAAAAAACAAAAGAUAAUUUUGAUAGUAACUGCAUUACACCUGUAAGUUAAUAUCUAAUUAAUUUUAAAUAACCAAUAGGUUGAAUUUUUCAGAUCUUUAUCUCAAUCACAGAUAAGAAGUUUGGCUAAAAUAUUAAAACUAAUAUGAUAUUAAAUUUAAUUAUAUAACAUUGUUUUUAACCUCAAUUUAACUCUUAUUGAAAUAUUUUUAUAUUAUACUUAUUAGUUCAUAUUUUCCCUUUUUUCAUUUUUGCUCACUUAUUAUCAUUUUGUAUGAAAUUGUUAAAUAUUAUGAUUUAAAUGCUGAACUGGCGUUAAGAUUUGCGAGGCUCUGGAUAAAUUUAUUAUUGUGAGACUUAAGCAUACAACUACUUCCAUCUAAUAUUUGUAAUAAUACCCAACACUUGGCCACAGCCGGAAACACAGUUUGAUAAGGCAACACACGUACACAUGUUUUUCCUAAAAACAUUGUUACAUUUCUAAAAAAAAUUAUUUUUGCAGUUUUACACCCAUUAUAACUAUGCUACCCUUUUGUAUGGGUCACAAGCUUGAGAUCUUUAAAAGCGCACUGCCCUGAACAUAAGCCCUGCUUGCCCUACUCUAACAUCAUCCCUGUUUGAAUGUUUUUAACCUAAUUUUAACACAUUGUCAGAUACUAUUGCUAUUAGAUUUCUAGUCUUCUGCCUGUGUAUUCUAUUGAAUACUAUAUAAUUUUAUUUAUAACAGCAGACAUUAAACUUUUUUUGAUGAAGUUAUGUUAGAAUUUUAAAAAAAAAAGCAUUAAUUUUUCAAUGUAUCAAAUGAUACAGAUAUUAGACUGCCAUAUAGAGGCAAUCCAUACUUAACCAUGUCAAUUUACAUAGAUUUUUGGAUGUACGUACAGCAUAGUUGCUAUAGCAGAAAUAGAAAAAUACUUUCUCAUAAGUAAUUUUUGAGAUUUUAAAAAAACAGUAACUGUCUGUUAAUGUGUUUCAGAGACUAGUAUAUUAUGCAUUACCUACUAUUAAAUAAUGUUUACAGUUUAAUCCUUUAAAUUUAUUAUUCAAUGUUAAUACGAAGUUAAUUUAUAAGAAUUUAAAAUAUUAAUUUUGAAGACAGAUAGUUGAUCUAAGGUUAAAUAUGGUUGAUUUGGAAUUAUAGGAUUUAUAAUUAUUUCAUAAAAAAAUAAUUAACAAUCAUUUUUUUUAUUUAUUCGUAUGGUUAUUAACAAUAAUGUUCAUAGGGUACACCAUUUAUGGAUAAAUUAUCUGCUUGUUUACAUUAUUACAUACAUGAUCGAUUAAACAAUGAUCCUGGAUGGAAAGGUAUUAAAGUUAUAUUAUCUGAUGCUAAUGUUCCUGGAGAGGGUGAACAUAAAAUAAUGGAUUUUAUAAGAAAACAAAGAGGUAUAAUAAUACAAUAAAAAUUUUAAUAAAAAAAAAAAUUAAUAUAUUUAUAAAUUUGUAUUUUAGCGCAACCAAACCAUGAUCCAAAUACACAACAUGUUCUUUGUGGGGCUGAUGCUGAUCUCAUAAUGUUAGGACUUGCAACACAUGAACCUAAUUUUACAAUAAUUAGAGAAGAAUUCAAACCUAAUCAACCUAGGCCAUGUGAUUUGUGUCGUCAAAUGGGUAAUAAUUAAUCUGUGUUUAAAGUGGGGGAUUCUAAUUUAAUAAGCAAAAGUAUAUACUUUUUAAGGCAUAUGAAGUAGAAGUAAAAUAUUAAAACAUUUUUGUUUCUUAACAACUGAUGAUUAAUAAAACUUAAGUUAAAUUAAAACACAUACCUAUCUUGAUAAAAAAAAACUAGUAAACACUAUUUUUUAAAAUGUAUUAUGGUUCCCUCUAUCUUAAACUCAAUCAGAAUGUUACAAUUGUGAAAGUGUAGGAUACCUUUGUUGCUGUAUUAGGCGAGUCAGAUUGAAAAAUAAAUAUCCCAAAAUCUUUAAUACCUGGACUAUAUGAGGCUAAUUCUUCAAGCAACUCAGGCUAGGGUAAAAUAAUAGGAUGUGGUACCAUAUUUUAAGCGAAUACUUCUUAACUUGAAAAUUAACCUUAUGUGACUGAGCCUUUAUAAUUUAUUGAGAAAUAGACAUUGUCAAUAUUAUCUGGAAUCUAUUAACAAUGAUUGAUUUUACUGGUUAUAAUAUAUGCAUUGAUUUUGUUAUUUAAAUUUUAGUUAUUGUGGAGGUAAUUCACGUUUCUAUAUUUUUUAAUAGUAAUCUAUACAUACCAGGUAAUUUAUUUAAGUGGGUUCACUUAUUAUCUCGGAAAGUAUUAACUUUUUCCGGAAUUUGUUUACUAUAACACUUAAGAAACAAACUGCUCCACAAUUUCAUUUUGUUAUUUUUUUGUCAUCCUUAUUUUUGGGUGUAAAACAACUACCUACUUAUGAUUUCAAAAAUGUCAACACUACAAUUUAUUUUAACUAAUACUCGAUCUAUUUAUGGACUUUUUAAAUAUAGGUUGCCAUUUGAAAAUCAAAAGUAGGUAGUUGUUUUACCCACCAAAAAGAGGGAGACAAAAAAUAACAUAUAUAAAAUUGUGGAGCAGCUUGUUUCUUAAAUGUUUUAGAAAACAAAUUCUGGAAAAAGUUAAUGAUUUCCGAGAUAAUGAGUGUACUCACUUAAAUGAAUCGCAUAGUAUAUAUUUAUACAUAAUUAGAGGUUGGUUAAAUUAAACAUUUUUGAUCUAUUAUAAGAACAUAGGCUAGCAAUCGAAACAUUAUUCAUGUUUAAAAAUAUUUGAAUGUGAAGCACCUACAAGUAACUGCCCUUUCUUAUUGUAUCUAAAAAUUUUACUUAUUGUGCACCUAUUACAGAUUGUAAAUAAUGCAUUUUAAGAAAGUUAUUGUAUUAUUAUUAAAAAUAUUUGUAGGACACGAAAUGAAGGAUUGCCAAGGCUUAGAACAAGAAGUAUUUGAUGAUGGAUCAACUAUUGCAUUUUCAUCUGAAGUAGAAUUUAUUUUUGUGCGCUUGAAUGUUUUGCGUGAAUAUUUAGAACGAGAAUUGGAAAUGCCUAAUUUACCUUUUAAAUAUGAAUUUGAACGAGCUAUUGAUGAUUGGGUAUUUAUGUGCUUUUUUGUUGGUAAUGACUUUUUGCCUCACUUGCCAUCUUUAGAAAUACGAGAAAAUGCUAUUGAUCGUCUAGUAUCGUUAUACAAAAAGACCGUUUACAAAACUGGGGUAAUUAUUUUCUUAGUAAAUAUUAUUUUCUAGUGUUAAUAUUUAUGUACUUUAGGGAUUCUUGACUAUUAACGGAAAUGUCAAUUUGGAUAGAGUACAGUUAAUAAUGUCUGAUCUGGGUUUGGUUGAAGAUGAAAUAUUUAAAAAAAGACAACAAACCGAGAAAAUGUUUGCUGAUAGAAAUCGAUUGAAGAAACAACGUGAAAAACAGUAUAAAUUAUCACGUUCUAGAAGUGCACCCAAUUUUGUACUUGGAGGACAAUAUGCUCCAUCAGUAAUUAUUACACUACCUUAUUCAAAUUUAAUUAGUAGUUGAACACUGUCUGUGUUAUUCAUUAUAGGCGCCAAAUGCUGGAUUUUCUAUAUCUAAUCCCAGACAAACGGUUGAUGAUUUACGAAGACAAAGUUUGGUAAGUAUUACAUAAUAUAUAUUUUAUAAUGAAUUUGUAACUAUUACAAUAGUUUUUUUUAUAUCAUAGGAUAAUAAAGACAAUAACCGAGGAAUAAAACGUAAGAUAAAUGACGAAUCAUCAGAUGAAGAGCAAGAAACACCAGAUGAAGUUCGUUUGUGGGAGGAUGGUUUUAAGGAUCGUUACUAUGAGUCAAAAUUUGACAUAGAAAAAACCGACAGUGGUUUCCGGCAUAAAGUUGCUUUGGAAUAUGUGCGUGGUCUGUGUUGGGUUCUUCAAUACUAUUACCAAGGUUGCCCAUCAUGGAAAUGGUAUUUCCCAUAUCAUUAUGCACCUUUUGCUUCAGAUUUCCUCAAUAUAUCAGAAUUAUCAACUAAAUUUGAAAAGGGAACAACACCAGUAUGUUUUCUUACUAUUAUUAUUAAUCAAUUGAUUAGGUAAUUUAUUAUUUUUUCUUUUUAGUUUCGUCCUUUAGAACAACUCAUGAGUGUUUUUCCCGCAGCUAGUAGCCAGCAUGUUCCUCAACCGUGGGCUGUUUUGAUGAGUGAUCCGGUAUAUUUAAAAAAAAAAAAAAUUACAUUUCUUAUAUAAUAAUACUGUUUAUAAAACCCAUUUUAUAGGAUUCGCCAAUAAUUGACUUUUACCCAAUAGACUUCAAAAUUGAUUUAAAUGGUAAAAAAUUUGCUUGGCAAGGUGUUGCACUAUUACCAUUGGUUGAUGAAAGAAGACUUCAUAAAGCUUUGGAACCAUAUUAUGAUUUAUUGACUUCAGAAGAAAGUAUGUAAAUUAAUUUUAUACCCAUAUAUAUAUAUAUAUAUAUAUAUUAGACUGGUUCUUAUUUGGAUGCCCCUAACUUUGUUUUUAAAAAAAAAUAAAAAUAUUGAGCCCUAUUUGAGCUUCCUAGGACAAUUCAUUCGUCCUCCUGUAACGAAGUAAAGUAUCCCAUUUAAAAUACAUUGGUACAUUUCUUUUUGUUAAUUAUAAAUAAGAAAGUUUCAUAUAAUUCUUGAAAAAACUUUCUUUCUUUUUCCCCCUAAAGUAUUUUCUUGAGAAUUUUCAUGUAAAAAAAAAAAAAAAAAUUAUGCUUUGUAUAAACAAAAUUCAGAAUAAAUGAAAAAACCCAACGUAUUUUAAAUGGGACAUUUUAUCUCGUAGGAGGACAAAAUAAUUGUCCUAGGAAACUCAAAUAGGGCUCAAAAUGUAUAUUUUUUUUUUUUUAUAACUAAGUUAGGAGACAUCCAAAAAGAAAUUCCACCAUCAUCCAAAUAAGAACCACCUUAACAUAUAUAAAUUGUACAAUAUACAGUUUGUUGGUUUUUUUUUUUUUUUAAAAGGUAGUAUUGAUUGAUGAAUUAGUUAAAAUAGUUAAUAUAAUAUCGAAACGUUUAUUAUAAUUAUUAUUUUCAGGAUCAUAAUUAUUGUAUUAAAAUAAUAUUUGAGUGGACUUAGAGGAUACUAAAAUUCAAAGUUUAACUCUUAUCUAUGUGCAAUACAAAUUGCAUAUUAUUAAAUAUUUAAUAAUAAUAAUAUUAUUAAAUUUUUUAAAUUAUUUUUCUUAAAUAUGUAUAUUACACACAACACAACUUAAAGAAUCCUUGAGAAUGUACUACCCUCAUGAAUUAUAUAAAUGUAAUACAUUUAGUUAAGAAACUAUAUAACUACUCAAGAACAGCCAACAUUCUAAAUUUGUUUGUGUUUACAUUUAAUUAUUAAUAUAAAAAAUAACAAAAAUUAAUGUUUAGAACGAAGAAAUGUGAAAGGCAUGGACCGCUUGUAUGUUCAAUCAGACAAUUCUAAAUACGGUUUGCUUAAGGAUCUGUAUUUAAAUAAAUCUAACUAUGAAAAUUUAACAUCUGUACUUAUGGAUGGUAUGGAAGGCAAAGUUUUGUUAGCUGAUGAUUGUGUUACAGUUGGAGGGUAAAUAAAAAUAAAUUACUCAAUUAAUGUUAAAAAUAUAAUUUUAAAUUGAACUAUCUUAGAUCACUUCCUUCACCAGUAAUGGGAUUAAAUGUUGUAAGAUCAAAUCAAGUUAUAUGGUAUGUUUCUUGGAUCUAUCUUUUUCAUUGUUGUUUCUAAUAAGAGUAUUUUUUUUAGCGUGAAAUUUGAAGAUCCUAAAUAUGGAGAUAAUCAUAUUUAUGAGUCAGUUCGAUUGAAUGGAGUUAUGUAAGUGUUUUUUUUUAAUAAAAAGAUGAUUUUAGUUUUUAUUUUUAAUUCAUAAAAUAGAGAACCUCCAAGAGUUUUGAGACCAGAUAAUAUGUCUGCAGAACAAUCGAAUUCAUGGAGACCUAUGAUAGGUAUGACACAUUCAAAUAAACGUGGAAGACUUGAUUCAUCAGGUCACAGGACAUUAUCGUAUGUUUAAUUUAAUAAAAAAAAGUUAUUUUAAGAAUUGAAUUAAUACAGUUUUUUUAUUUGUAGACAUCAUGUACCCAGAAAUCCUGGUCAUUAUAAUUCUGUUCCUCCUCCACAAGGUGAAUACUUUUUUUGUAGUAUUAUUAAUUUUCGAUUAAAGUUAUUUUAUCUGUCAACACAAUACAUUUUACUAUUUUUUGUUAGGUCAAAGGGAUAAUUUUCGGCAAAAUGAUUAUCCAAAUUGUAGACGUCCAAAUAGUAAUUGGCAUGUUAAUCAAAACCAAUAUUCUCGAAAUGGUCAAAAUUCGAAUAUUGGUAAUAAUACAGAAGGAUAUUGUCGGUCAGAUAGCAAUGCAUAUCCAAAUUAUGGUACUAAUUAUUCAUCUGGUCAUCAAACUACUCAAGGAAGUGAUAGACCUGGAUAUUUUACAACUAAUUAUCAAGCUAAUAAUUCUCAGUAAGUUUCAACUUUAUAUUUAGUAUUGUUAUAGUUUCAUAUAUUUAACCAAUUGUUUAAUUUUAUAAAUAAGGCCUAGACAAUCAUUCAAUGGAAACAGGGGUUCAUCUAGAGAACAUAGUAAUGCUUAUCAGCCGUAUAACUAUUUAACCCACAGAGUAAGCUGGAAAUUUAAGUCUUAAAUAUGUUAUGUUUAUUUAUAAACAAAUGUUUGUGUUUAAAUAUUACAGGGUGGUCCAAGGCCUCAUGGUUAUAAUCAAAAUCGUAAAUAUUGACAUGAAUGCAUCAACUAAUUUAACGAUUUAUAAUUAAAAAUAUAAUAUAAUAUUGAUUUUUCUUUCUACAUAAAUAACUAAAUUUAUCUGGCUAUUCAAUUUUAAAUAUUCCAAAAUUAUGUGUAUAGAUUAUAAUAUAAAUUCAAUUUGUUGCAUUCUUAAUUGUUUGAAAAUAUAAAUGAAAAAUAAGGUUUUAAUUUUUAAACAAUAUAUUAUUAAAAUAAAAUCGGUGUUAUUAACCUUUAGUGACUUUAAAGUGCUAUAAAUUAUUUGUUGGAUUUUCCACACUUAUGUGGAUCAUGCUAUCUUAUCUCAUCAUACAGUCA